AUGUUCAGGCUGUACAAUCGACAAUCGAACUGCUUCCAAAGUGGAAGUGGAUUGAAUGGAUAUUUUCCUCGGUGCGGCGUAAAGACGACGGCAUGUUCCGAUCAGCUAGGAGAAAGCCAACCCAGUAGGGUCACAAUCGAAAGUCAACACACACCUGUUGGCCCUUCGAGUAAUGAGUUUACGAUCCGGUCACACACAUGCGGUGAACUGCGGCCGGCCAACGUUGGCCAAAGCGUCACCCUCUGCGGAUGGCUGGAGUACUCGCGGAUGAAUAAAUUUUUCACCCUGCGCGAUGGCUACGGAACCGUGCAAGCGCUGAUCCCCGAAAAGGAUUGCCACCGUUUCAAUUUGGACGGGCUGCCUUUCGAGUCGAUUCUGCAGGUGCAAGGAACGGUGCGGUUGCGCCCAGAAGGUCAACAAAAUCGCGCCAUUCCGACGGGAGAGAUCGAAGUGCACGUCGAGUGCUUAGACGUCCUGAAUGAGUCCAAAAAGCGUCUGCCAAUCAACGUCAAGGAUCACAACCGGGCCAAGGAAAACCUGCGGCUGGAAUAUCGAUACAUCGACUUGCGGAACCGAGAUUUACAGUACAAUCUUCGCUUGCGGUCGCGGGUCAUCAUGAAAAUGCGCGAAUGCAUGAUCAAUGACUUUGGCUUCGUGGAGGUCGAAACACCCACUCUGUUCCGGAGAACGCCCGGGGGAGCACAAGAGUUUGUGGUGCCUUCGCGUAAACCGGGACACUUCUAUUCGCUCGUUCAGAGCCCGCAACAGUUCAAGCAGCUGCUGAUGGUUGCUGCCAUCGAUCGGUACUUUCAGAUCGCCCGCUGCUACCGAGACGAAUCAACGCGCCCCGAUCGGCAGCCAGAGUUCACCCAGCUGGACAUAGAACUUUCCUUCACCGAUCGGGAGAAAGUGAUGGCCUUGAUCGAAGCCGUACUGCAGAAGUCGUGGCCCUUCGAACAACAACCACUGGUUGGGGCCUUUCCACGGGUGACACUAGCCGAAGCGAUGGAACGCUUCGGAAGUGACAAACCGGACGUUCGGUUUGGGUACGAGCUUCAAAACGUCAGCUCGUUACUCGACCUCGCAGUACCCGAAGGUGUCCGGAAGCAAGAUUUCAGGGCGUACGCCGUGGUCAUCCGGGCAAAAGAAGCUCGUCAGCUGCCGGGAAGUAUUAAGAAAACCCUCGAUGAGAUUGCAAAAAAGAGUAACUUCUGCAGGUUUACUAUGAGCAAAGUGACACCGGAAUGGACGGUGGGUCCCAUCGUACGGUUACUUGGCCAAAGCGUAACUGAAAGACUAAGCGAGCAGCUGGCCUUAAAACCGGAGGAUGUGCUUCUUCUGGGCUGGGGAAAGCAUACUUAUGUCCAAAACAUGAUGGGACGGGUACGCUUGGCAACGUACGAGAUCCUCGAAGAACGGUCCGCUGUCCCGGUUCGUUUACCUCUCGCCAAAAACUUUCUAUGGGUUGUCGACUUUCCGAUGUUCAGCGAGAACGAGGAAACGGGAACGAUAGAAAGUACGCACCACCCGUUCACGGCCCCUCAUCCGGAUGAUGCCUCGAAGCUGGCCACCGACACUCCGGCGCUCGAUGAACUGCUCAACAUUCGAUCGCUAGCGUACGAUCUCGUGUGGAAUGGAAUGGAGAUCGGGGGCGGUUCGAUACGAAUCCACCGGAGCGAUCUACAACGACGGGUGUUGCGCGAUGUGCUCAAAAUUGAACACACACACCUAGAGCAUUUGCUGAACGCACUCGAAAGUGGUUGCCCACCCCACGGAGGAUUCGCAAUCGGUCUCGAUCGCUACAUGUCACUGCUCUGUAACGCUGCCACGAUCCGAGAGGUGAUCGCCUUCCCGAAAAGCCUGGACGGUAAGGAUCCCCUCUCGAAGGCUCCGGUACCGAUCAGCGAAGAGGAGAAACGGAUCUAUCACAUCCAGGUGGUAGAGUAA